GACACAUUCCAAAACAUUCUUUUUCAGCACCAAGUCGCAAGCAUGCUCUGUGUUUGUGACUGCAUCCUGAGAAAAUAAACCUGAAUUACUUGGAAAAUAGAGGUUUAUUAUUAGGAAAAGUGUAUAAAAGUGAAAAAUAAGUAGUUUUUCUUAACUUCCGCUACGAAAAAACCGGCCGUCCACAAUGGUCAAGCGAAAUCACAAGUACCAAUCCGGCGAGGGUGCCCAGUACAUGACCCGGAAGGCCGCGAUGCGAAAGUUGCAGCUCUCGAUGCAGGACUUCCGUCGGCUGUGCAUCCUAAAGGGUAUUUAUCCGCGGGAACCAAAACACCGAGUAAUUGCCCAGCGCGGAAGCACCGACAUCAAGAUUCUGUACCACAGGAAGGACAUAACAUUUCUGCUGCACGAACCGAUCGUAUGGACGCUGCGAGAUCGGAAGAUUUUCAACAGACGAAUCGCCCAUGCUCGUGCCAAGGGAAACAAUCUGCUGAAGAACGUUCGGAUGGCCAACUAUCCGGAGAUUAAGCUGGAUCACAUUAUCAAGGAGCGAUUCCCGACGUUCAUCGAUGCGAUCAAAGAGCUGGACGAUUGCAUGACGUUGCUGUUCCUGUUCAGCACGUUCCCGGCUAUGAAGGUCGUUACGAGAGAGAUCACCAGCUUGGCGAGACGGCUUACGAUUGAGUUCAUGCACUACGUGAUUGCGUCCAAGGCGCUCCGGAAGGUGUUCGUUUCGAUCAAGGGCUACUACUUCCAGGCGGAAAUUAAGGGCGAGCUGGUGACCUGGAUCGUUCCACACUACUAUCCGUUCCAGCCGCAGAGGAAGGAGUAUGUCGAUUUCAAGAUCAUGAAGUCGUUUGCAGAUUUCUUCACAGUGAUGGCCGGAUUCGUCAACUAUCGGCUGUACAAUUCGAUCAACAUGGUCUAUCCGCCGCAGUUCUCCGUGUCUAUAGAUUCCGAUGAGAGCCGUUCUAACGAGGAGACCUUUGUUUCUGAGCGUAUUGCUGCGCUGAACAUGGAUUUGUUGAGAUCCGAUCGUCAAGGCGCGGAAGAAGAGGAUGAGGAAAUCGACCUGAAACUGCUGGAUAACGAUAAAGACUCGGAACAGGUUCGCAAAAUGCACGAAGAAGCCCUGAGUUUGAACAAACUGAAGAACUUGUUCAAGGGUUUGAAGUUCUUCAUCAAUCGGGAAGUUCCGAGGGAACCGUUGGUAUUCAUUAUUCGUUGCUUCGGAGGUAGAGUGUCCUGGGACAAGCACCUGUUUGUCGGAUCCACUUUCGACGAAACGGAUGAAACCAUCACCCAUCAGAUCGUGGAUCGUCCAAGCCUCAGCAAUCAGUACAUCUCCCGGGACUACGUCCAGCCUCAGUGGAUCUUCGACAGCGUCAAUCAGAGGAAACUGCUUCCCACAAAUAACUACUUCAUUGGCGCCGUUCUUCCUCCACAUUUGUCUCCGUUCAAUCGAGACGAUGCCAUCUACGUUCCUCCAGAGGAAGCAGCCAUGCAAGCUGGAGAUGAAUUCGAGAAGCAGGAACGUGCCGAAGGCAUCUCCGACGACGAGGACGAAGACUUUGGAAUGGAGGAAGCCCGCAAGCAGGUCCAACUAGACUACGCCCUAGUCAAGGCCUUCAGGGAGGAAAAGGCCGAAGCUUUGAACAGUGGCGAUCCCAAGGAAGCAGAAGCAGAGGAACGAGAAGAUGACGACGAUCAAGAACCGGACCAAGAAGACGCCACCAAACAGAAGCGCCAGGAGAAGAAACAGAAAAUGGCCGUCGUCAGCGGUAAGGUGUUCAAGGAAAAUCCUAAGGAGCAGAAACAGCUGACCAAACAGGAGGAAGCACUGCGGGCGAAAAUGGUCAAGUCCCGGCACAAGAAGCUGUACCGCAAUCUGCUCGAUAAACAGAAGAAGGCCUCCAAGGAGGCGCACCUGCUGCGCGAGAAACGGCAACAGAUCGAUAAGCAGAAGCGACAGGAGCAGACGCAAAAGAGGAAGGCCCAACGGAAGGAAAUUCUGGCUUGAGGUCUUCGUCGGUGACUGUUGUUUUCGUUAGCAGGUAAGGUAAGAAUAUUCAGUUGUAUAUGAAUAAAAUAACUUUAAAUUUAGAA